AGCAUGCCGGCCGUAAGUGCGGCCAGCACCGGUACUGGCGCAGAUUGAUGAAUGGAGGGAUUGUCUCUUUAAGAAAAUGGGGGCAGGGUGUGUGAGCCUCUGCUGCAGCCGAGCCUAUUCUUUCUCCUGACGUCCUUCCUUCUCCAAAGUGUCAUACGGUUUUGGGGAUGUAGACUUUUUAGCUUAAAACUGAAGUGUUGAUAUUGAAUCUAUCUUGGGGGGGUUAGGUUUGCUGUUUUCCUAACUGGUUCGUUCUCUUUAUGGGGUGUAUUUUUUAGGGGGGGGGACGUUUGUUUACCCCCCCAAACCUGAGUCUGGCUUCUGGUACAGUGUAGCAAACCUUCCUCGGUGAUGUACCAUGUUACCAUGUUUUUGAACAUAGGUAGUGAUAUUUAUUUAUUUAUUUAUUUAUUUAUUCAUUCGCCGGCGCGACAUUAAUAGUGAAACGCAUAUUAUAUUUGCCUGUAUCUGUUUUUUAAAAGGAUGUUAGCAAAUUGACUAGCUUAGCCCUUGUCACAGUUUUUUUCGUUCGUCUUGCUGGGCUGGCGAUUGCUGUUCCUUAAUUUGUUUUUAGUCGUCAUUUUUUUGUCCCCCCCUUUUUUGCUUAGGUACCAUUUUAAGGAAGACGGCGAAGUCUAUUAACUGUUCGUAGGAUAACGAAGAAAUAAUUUAUUUUUUGCUAUUAUGACAGCAGUUUAAAAGCAAUAGCCACCUUGGGCUUCGUGCUUGCUUUUUUUCUCCCCUCUUUUCAAAAUGAAGCACAAUAUCAAUAUUCGCCAUAGUACUUUACCUUUCAGGCAAACAUGAAGCGUUUUCAGCUGGCUGCCCGGCUAUUGUAAAUCUACAUUUUCCUCUCAUUUUUGUCACGGUUGUUGCUGGGUUUCAGCAGUGAAAAUGCGGAUCGUUUGAGGAUACCGGUCCCUCCUGCUCCGGGCACAGGACUCGGCUUCUCCGGGCAUUGACUGCCUUACAGACCUGGCUUGGCUGCUGAGCGGCCAAUGUCGACUGUUAUUUUCAGCAGAAUAUAAUCUUGUAAAUAUAUAUAUAUAAGUAUAGAUCGUAUAUAGCUGUAAAAGUAGGAAAACUCAGGGAAAAAUGUCUUCUCGCUCAGCACUCCCGUCUGGAAACGAAAGGAAUUCCGACCAUCAUGCCUCUCUCACAGGCAGCCGGUCAGAAAAGGGUUCUGGCUGGUCGAGUCGCUCAGUGGGGGCGCGUUGCCGAAACUCCAUCGCCUCCUGCACCGAUGAACAGCCUCACAUUGGCAAUUACCGGCUGCUCAAGACCAUCGGCAAGGGAAACUUUGCCAAGGUCAAGCUGGCGCGUCACAUUCUGACAGGAAGGGAGGUUGCAAUAAAAAUUAUUGAUAAAACACAGCUGAAUCCAACCAGCCUACAAAAGCUCUUUCGAGAGGUGCGGAUAAUGAAAGGCUUGAAGCACCCAAACAUAGUGCAGCUGUUUGAGGUCAUCGAGACGGAUAAAACGCUAUACCUGAUCAUGGAGUACGCCAGUGGGGGUGAGGUCUUUGACUACCUUGUGUCACAUGGAAGAAUGAAGGAGAAAGAAGCACGAGCCAAAUUCCGGCAGAUUGUGUCUGCUGUUCACUACUGUCACCAGAAAAACAUUGUUCACAGGGACCUCAAGGCGGAGAACCUCCUGCUGGAUGCCGACUCCAACAUAAAGAUUGCAGACUUUGGCUUCAGCAACGAGUUCACACUGGGUAACAAGCUUGACACUUUCUGCGGCAGCCCCCCCUACGCUGCCCCCGAACUCUUCCAGGGCAAGAAGUACGACGGGCCCGAGGUGGACAUCUGGAGCCUGGGGGUCAUCCUGUACACGCUGGUCAGCGGCUCGCUGCCCUUCGACGGGCAGAACCUCAAGGAGCUACGGGAGCGGGUGCUGAGGGGGAAGUACCGAGUGCCCUUCUACAUGUCGACGGACUGUGAGGGCAUCCUGCGCAGGUUCCUGGUGCUCAACCCCACCAAGCGCUGCACACUGGAGCAAAUCAUGAAAGACAAGUGGAUGAAUGUUGGGUACGAGGGUGAGGAGUUGAAGCCCCAUGUGGAGCCAGUAGAAGACUACAACGACGCCAGCCGAAUAGAGGUGAUGGUGGGAAUGGGCUACUCCCGGGAGGAGAUCAAGGACGCUUUGACCAAUCAGAAGUACAACGAUGUCACCGCCACUUACCUGCUGCUGGGCCGCAAGAACGAGGAUAGCAGCGAGUCCCGGACAGGCAGCAGUCUCUCGCUAGCUCGGGUCAGACCCAGCACCAUCACCAAUGGCACCAGCAAGCACUCCUCCUCAGCCACCUCUACUUCUACCUCCACCUCUUCACACGGCAAAACGCAGCGCAGCGCCUCCACCUACCACAGGCAGCGGAGGCACAGCGACUUCUGCGGGCCCUCCCUGCCGGUGACACAGCCGAAGCGCAGUCCGACGAGCACGGGUGACGGCGAGCUGAAGGAGGAGCGCCUGCCGUCGCGGAAGGCCAGCUGUAGCGUGGUGGGCAGCCGCAGCAUCCCGCCGUCCAGCCCCAUGGUCAGCAGCGCCAACAACCCCAACAAGUCCGAGAUCCCCGACCGCCGCAAAGAGAUUAACGCCACCACGAAUAACAUCCCAGCCAGUGCGAUGACCCGGCGUAACACCUACGUGUGCACAGACCGUUCCAGCACUGACAGACACUCCCUGUUACAAAACGGCAAAGAGAACAGCUCCCUGGCCCACCGUCUGCCCCCUGCCUCUCCCUCCACCCAAAGCAUCGCUGGGGCAGGGGCGUCGGGAUCCUCCUCGGGGGAGCGAUCUCGACUGACCCGCGGAUCGACCAUCCGCAGCACUUUCCACGGCGGUCAGUUGAGGGAUCGCCGGCCCCCAGCCCACGCUGCGCCGCCCACCUCGCCCACCCUGUCUCAUGACGCGAGCCCUUUGCCCCAUGCAAGGAGCCGGGCCACCUCCAAUCUCUUUAGUAAACUGACCUCCAAGCUCACGCGCAGGGUCACAGACGAACCUGAGAGAGUCUCCAGAUCUCCGGUCACAAGUCGCCAUCUACCUGGGCAUCAAAAAGCGUCAGAGCCCCGGACCCCCCGAUGCGGCUGGGAUGUAAAGGUGCGCAGCCCCCGGGACCCAGCGGAGGUGGUCCUGGCAUUGCGCGAGGCGGCCCAGGGAUGCGGCUGCCAGGUCCAUCUGGCUGGACCCUUCCUGCUGUCCUGCACUCAUGGGGCGGCCGGCUCGCGAGUGGCCUUUGAGGCCGAGGUGUGCCAGCUGUCCACCGGGCCGUCCGAGACCAGCGGCGUGCGCUUCAAGCGCCUCUGGGGGGCGCCUCUCGCCUUCCGGGACAUUGCCACCAAAGUCUCCAAGGAAUUGGAACUCUGAGGGUGAUGGGGGUGGGAAGGGGGGGGGGCAGAGGACAGACAGACUGGGACAAAAAAAAAAGGAUGUUGAGGCAAACCUCUGUCUUGACUGCCAUUGCUGCACCAAUCCCAUUGCUGCCCCCCCCCCCCCCCCCGCUUUUCUGCCACAUGGACACGCCGACCGACAGCUUGCUAAUCACCCCCCUCCCACCCCCGCUGAAAGACAUCACUAUCCCUGGACCAAACCACCAUCUGAAUUAUUUUUUUGUUCUUCUCGUUGAACUUGUCAUCAAAUUGAUUAUAUUUGUCAUUCCUUUUCUCUACAGCUGCUAUAUCCCAACCCCCACUGUCAUGGAUUCUUUUUUUUCCCCGAUUAAUGCAGCUGAGGUUAGAGGAUAAAGUAUUUUAAAAGAAUAACAUUGACCAGAGCGAUGUCAUUCAGAACUUCUUCAUGAGGGUGGGAUACGCAAGAACACAUAGAUUAAUUGCAUGAGCGAGAAAGAUGCCCGAUUUUCUCCCCCUCGUUCUCGGUCCAUUGGGUUCACACUUUGCUCUCUGAUUAUUUGGCCAGUUACGGCUGGAGCUUUAGCGUUCCGAUACCACAGCGUGCAGAGCAACUUGUAAGACGGCUCCUCUUCUGAGCCGCUGUACUUUUACUUCCCUACACACUAGCAGUACAUAUAGAGGAGCUCUUUGUUCUGACAGUAAAUACCCUUUCUGAAAGUUGUAGCCCCCUCUUAUUUACCAAGUCGAUUUUCUUGUUUACAGUUCGUCUUACAUAAGUAUUAUGGUGAAUCACCGACCACGGCUUUGUCUUUUAGUUAUAGUCUGAUAGACAGAUGGAUACAUGUUAGGACAUUCAAUCAUGGCAGUGAGGUAUUCCAACCUUCCCUCUAGCGUCUUAAUACUCUGCUGAGCAGGUCAGUGUUGUUAAAUAAAGAGGGCAAUGAUAUCCACCCUCAAAAUGACCCUAGAACAGGAUAGAACAGCCAAAGGUUCUUAGAUCUUAAAGAACUGGUGUCUCACUCUUGUGUAGCUGAAUCGGGAUGAACUCAAAUGUACCAACUGUUAGCACAAACCUUGCUUUCGUGAAUUUUCAGUUACCUAAUAACGUUUUGGGUACACAUACAGGAAUGGUGCUAAACCAUAACUGCCAAAUCAUCUGGUAAUGUGAUUCAGCUUUUUCUCUUUCUUCUCUUGUAAGUGAGGCAGCCAGUCACACCUCGUAGCAUGGGUCUGAACCAGUCGUUCUAGUUCAGGUCUAGGGAGCAGGGGUUCGAACGUGGACUGUGCCUCAGGUAGCAGCCAGCUUUUCAUUUGUGUCUAAGUUGCCAAGGUGCCGUGCGUCAUUAAAAUCCCAGUGAGUUUGGUGUGACAGGAUCUGGCCCGGAGAGACUGAGGCUGUGUUUCUGGCCGGGGUGCAGAUUCACUUACACAUUGGUGUGGUUCCUACCUGCAGUGGAUGUUCCACACGCUGGUCGUUCCAACUUGCCUGUGAAGGAGGAGGGAGUUACGGAUCCUCUCGUUUUCACUUUUGCAAACCAUUUGCUUGUUUUUUUUCCCCAUCUUUCGUCAGAUCCUCAUCCUUCCUUCCUCUAAUGCCUGUGCAUUACACCCACACAUUUCCUCAUGCACGCACGCACCCACACAAACACACACACACUCACGUACAUACACCGACUGCCACAGAUCCGAUUUCGCUACUAUUCAGCCACCCUUUUUUGGCAUUUUUGUUAUUCUUAUAAGGAAAGUGCACUGGAGUUUGUACAAAUCUGAGCUGUGGUUUAUCCAGACACUAAGUAUAUCUAACCUGUGCCGCAUAUACAUGAAUGCCAGAAAUGCGUUUCUCAAAGUGUGAAAGUCUUAAAUGUAAAAGCUGUGAUUUUGGUCACUCCCUUAGCUAGAAGAUUUUCUAAACAAAACUUAAGAGGGCUUCUCUUCUUCAGCCGGUUGCAUAUAUACUGUUAGAGCUUAGGGCUGUGUUUAGAGACUAGGAAGUAGUAAUAGGUUUUAAACAGUUAAUAAUAAAGAGGAUGCCCAGUAAGUAUUUUUUGACUUGCAGUCCUGCAUGUCUCCAGAAAAAGCAGAACAAAAUAAAAUUUCUUCCGUCACAACUUUGGACAUUUGCUUUUUUUUUUUUUUUCCUUCCACAUCACAGCAUUUCAGUCAUUCUGAGUAAAUACUGGCAAUUCAUUAGGUCUGAAGAAGCAAAGAGCAGGUUUCACAAGGGAUAUUUAAGGCUGUUCCAGUAAGUGAUAAUGAUGUUGGCCUUUUUUGGAGACUAGAGUUGUGGAAGAUUGUAAUAUGUGGAAAGUGCCACUGUGAAGCCGAUUGAAUCUAUUUGGCUUCCUUUGUUAGUUAUUUAAAGUGUCUUCAGGGAAUUCACAGGACUGUAAUAAAUGCAAAACAUUUUCUCAACUAGUCAUGAUCAACGUAAACUCAUGUUCAUAUAUAAAUGCAAUGUCUAUUCUUUCUGCUGGUUUUCAAGCAUGACAUUACAUCAGAUUUGACAAAAGUUACAGCGGGCAGUGAAUACCAGAGCAGGAAACUACUUGGUGUGACGCGAUAGGGAGUGUGGAUUUCUGUGAAGCUGAGUUCGUGACCUGAGUGGAUGUUUUUUUUCCUAUGUUACGGGAAGAUAUUCUCACACAGCUGUCAUGGUGUUUGCGGGCAGUCUGCAGAUGACCGUUAUUUUAUUCUACCAAUAGCCACGUGUCUUUGUGACCUUGUCAGUGUAAAUUUUGAUUUUGCACCAAUAAGAUGGACUAUGGUCUGACCGGCGUAAUCGUCAAUCGUAAAAGACAGCUAAUGGAGUCACAUCUGGUCUUACUGCAGCUGAGAUUGGAACAACAUUUAAAAUGUGGAUUGGUCUCACCUCAAAAGCAAUUGUUCCUGUUAUAAGCAGAACUAUUUCCUGGUGCUAAGAUGGGUGUGGUUUUUCCCCUCCUUUCACGGCCUCCAUUUUGGUCCCCAUCUAACUGUAUUCCACACACUGAGACAUUCACACAACACAAACAUGGUCCCUCUUGUUAAAACCCAGCAGCGUGCUUGUAUCUGUACCAUUAUGUAGAAACCAGAUGAAAAAUGAAACUAUUGCUUAUUAUUAUUUUUUUCUUUACAAUUUUUAAAUUAUUUUUUUUUCUGGUAACUGACUGUGGUACCUUUAGAUGUAGAGAAAAAAAUGGGAGUUAAGGAAAAAAAAAUGAGAAAUAAAAAUUCACUCAUACUCACUUUUCUCUUUUUUUGUUCUUAAUUGUUCAGGUCACUUUGCUUUUAUACGAUACAAAUACACAGAGGUUUUAUGCUUCAAAACUAAUCCCUUAGUCAGGUUAAUAUCACCGGCUUAAUUCUCAUUUAUUUGGGUCUAAUGUAUUGAAUUAAGUUUGUUUGGAAAAUCAAAGGACGACAAGAUGACACCAUAUUCCGAUUGUUACAUGGGGCUCAAUUUAUUGCAUCAAAUAAUUUGUACAGCCAAAGGUCAUUAUUUAGGUGAAACCACAAAGCAACUAGCAAUGUGGUGGUUUGAUCCCAGGAUGUUACAACUGAGUUGGUGAAAGCAGUGGAUAUUGAAAAGAGGGAGAAAGGAUGGGUAAAUGAAAGAAUGUUGGAAAGAGAACCUGAUGAAAAGGUAAGCAGAGUCAAGAGUCUCUGGACAAGUCAGAGCAAUGCAGCAUUUUUUUUUUUUACUUGUCC